ACAGCCACAGGGCCACAGUAUCCAUCCAUAGAAAUAACGCACGCAAUUCCGCUAUCGUAUGUUCGGUGCUCCGAAAGCCGUGUUAGAACAGCUGUCUUAAGAAAACUGAAGAAUUUCUGUGCUACUGAGGAAAAGCUACUACUGUCAAAAGUAGCCAAUAACCCAACACUACGUGCAGUCAGUACGGUUGUGGUACGGUCGGUCCCUCAUUCGAAGCAUUUGUGACGCUGUCAGAUGGAUGUUCCGGGCUGUGUUGCAUGUUUAGACAUUCAACCGCCUUCCGCAACAAGGUUUGGAGUGGACGGAGCAACUGAAAAUGUUUGAAGGACGAUAUUUUUUGUAAUUAGUUAGGGAACAUGGAGAAUGGAGGCAGACUUGUCUCCGGACCUUCAGUAUGCCCAUCCUUCGUGCGUUUUGUCAACAAGACCUGCCGUCAAGUGGACAUCAUCUGGAUCAACUACGAGGGCUUGCACAUCAAGUACAAAAGUCUUGGACCGAACCAUGUCUUUGACGUCAACACCUUCGUUAACCACCCGUGGAUAUUUCGUGAUGCAUCUACAAAUGAUAGGCUUGUAGUCCGUAGUAAGGAAAUCUUUCACCCCCCACCGCCGGCACGUGUCGGACCAGGGGGAGCCCCACUACCUCCAACCCGCAGAGUUGUACUCAUCACGUUACCAGUGUACACCCUGAAAGAAAACUGCUUUCAAGAGCUCCGCAGGUGUCUUCUGUCUCCAGAAGCAAUCUACCAGACAGAGAUACCUAGGUCACUCCAGCAAGAAUUUCUCAAGUAUCUCGAGCCACGGUAGCUCCUUGCAAAAACUCCGAAGUGUGUUCAUGUCCUGCAAAGCAAUUUACCAUUGUAGGACAGUUGGUGUCCAUUAUUUACACGAGGACUUAUGUAUAUGUCCCGAGGACAUUGUAAAAAUAUAUUUUAUUUCUACAAAAUG